UUCCGUUUAGAGCCUACUUCCAAUUAACUGACACCUUACAGGACCACGGACCUACUAUGCGACUCAUUAACUGACUUCUGAUAAGACUAUUGGAACAGUCCUUACCAUUAGGCCAGUCCGCGGAUCGCCAGGAUGGUGAAGGACGCAAACCCCACCGCUCUCAAUAUACCCCGGAGAAGUUUCGAAUCCAUCGCAUCAUCUGAGGUGUUACUGAAAGCUAUAUAACCCACUAAAAAAUUGCAUUGAUCUCCCAGUUGCCUCUCAUGCUUAAGAGUCUCUUCAUCGUUACGUGCCUAUUCCUCUUAGGCAUUCACGCCUUACCCACGGAGCUGUCCAACGCUACUGCAACAUGGAAUGCUACCGCAACAAAGAUAGUGGAGCGUGCCGGACCCACCUUUACGCUUGACUAUAGGACCUACCCUCAGUCAUCCGAGAACAUAUGUUUUUCCUGGUUCUGUAACAACGGGCCUCGCUCUGUAGCUCCUGACCGCACCAAUGCAGCUGCCCAUCGUGCUAGCAACAGUUGUGGUAACGUUAACCCAAACCGGUGCAGCACCCGCGUGGGCCAUGCCAGUGGGUACCAGUGCGAUGAAUGGCCUUGGGCAAACUCCAACGCCGGGGGUGCCAAUGCCGCUACGAGGUGCAUUCCCACUGCAGAUAAUACCGGAUCUGGUUCGCAAUGGGGGAAUUUCAUUAAUAACAGAGGAUCUCAAGCUCCUGGAUACGUUUUACAAGAUAAUGUUGAUUUUGCCAACAUCGAGAUCAGCAAUGUCCCAAAUACCGCGCAGUUCUGCUUGGGAGUGCGUGGAACGACUAUCACCACGGCAAUGUGUAACCAGGUUGCUCGUGGUCAGCCGUAUUUGCAAAGGAUUGGUUGAGCGUAACUCCUCCAAUGGAUUUUGACGACUACAAUUUGAUACUUGUGCUGCUUCGGACGUCCUUCAAUUUUCUUUCUUACCCUCCUCUACUCCUGCUCGUAUCUCUUGUAACCACG